AUGGCCCACGGGCCCAAGCCCAACAUCACCGGCUUCAACAUGCGAGCCUUCAAAGAGGCCACUGGCCAGCCCCGAUACGACCCUUGGGAGAGAGCCGAGGCAUGGCGAUACCGCGGCACCUUUUCCAGGUUCAACCGAUUCAGGAGCGGCUUCCCCGGCCUGGGAAUCGCCUCUGUUGCCUUUGCCGGAUACUGCGCCUAUGAGUACUUCUUCCUCGACGACGGACACCACGGCGAGGGGCACGGCGAGGGGCACCAUUAG